AUGGAAUCAAGCGACUCCGGCAAGUGGAAAGAAGCGUGUGACUCGGAGUUCGAUUCGCUUCAGAGAAACGACACGUGGGAAAUUGUGCCUCUUCCGAAAGGUCGCAAGGCCAUCGGGUGCCGAUGGGUUUUUCGUGUAAAGGAGAAUCAAGAUGGCGAAGUUGAACGUUUCAAGGCAAGACUUGUGGCCAAAGGAUUCUCACAGAAAUUCGGAGCUGACUAUGAAGAAACUUUCGCACCGGUGGCCAAGUUCACAUCGAUUCGUGUGGUGCUCAGUAUGGCGGCUAAGUACGGCCUAAUGCUACAUCAGAUGGACGUCAAGACAGCGUUUCUUAACGGCUCCCUCAACGAAGACAUCUACAUGGACCAGCCGGACGGAUACCUGGAUGCAACACAGCCGGACUAUGUGUGCAAGCUAAAGAGAUCACUCUACGGCUUGAAGCAAUCGCCUCGCAUGUGGAGCCAAACAAUCGAUGGGUUCAUGAUCAAGAUGGGAUUCAAGAAGUGCGAAUCGGACCACUGCAUCUACAUCAAGCGAGACGACCAAGACAUGAUUCUCGUGGUACUCUACGUCGAUGAUCUCAUCCUGGCCAGCAGCAACAACGAACUCCUCAAGUCAACCAAGAUGGCGCUGAGCAAACGCUUCGAAAUGACGGAUCUCGGUGAGCUCGAUUACUUUCUCGGCAUGGAGAUCAAGAACGACCGUAAGACGGGAAUGGUGACUGUACAACAAACCAAGUUUCUCAAGUCCGUGUUAACCAAGUUCGGAAUGGAUAACAGCAAGCCAGUGAAGACGCCUCAAGAUCCCGGCCUGAAGCUAACCAAGAACAUGUGUGAACAAGAAUGCAAGCACGAAGACACCAUGUGCAACGUGCCAUAUCGAAGUGCUGUCGGAGGCAUCAUGUAUCUCAUGGUCGCCACACGUCCGGAUCUAGCUGCUGCAGUGGGAUCAUUAUCCCAGUUCUCGUCCGACCCAUGCCCGACUCACUGGCAAGCUUUGAAGCGUGUGCUGAGAUACCUGCAAGCAACGCCCAAUCAUGGUCUUGAGUUUACACGUGAAGAAGGAAGCCGUAUCUGCGGGUACACCGACGCAGACUGGGCCGGCGACAUUGAGUCAAGACGAAAAGCAGAAUACAUGGCGCUUUCCGAAGCAACCAAAGAAGCAGUAUGGCUCAAGGUGCUUUUGGGGGAACUUGGUGAGAUGACAAGCGACGAAGCGAUCAAGAUGUAUGAAGACAACCAAGGAUCAAUCGCUCUCGCCAAGAACCCGGAGUUCCAUAAGAGAACAAAACACAUCGACAUACGCUACCAUUUUGUGCGUGAGAAGGUGGAAUCAGGUGAAGUCGUUUUGGAGUAUCACCCGACUCAAGAUAUGCUGGCAGACAUGAUGACCAAGCCGAUCGCCGCUGUACAAUUUGAAAACAUUCGCGAUCGACUUGGGAUCCAAGAUGCCGCAGCUAACGAGUCGAGAGGGAGUGUUGAAAAGACAGCGGCUGUGAAGAAGACACCUCGUCAAGCUGCGUCAAGUGUUGAAGCAAGUGGAAGACCAAGCUUCGCUAUACCGGUGGGUACCGGUAUGUACCAGUAA